CACAUCUUUGCUUUGUCAUCUCUCAUACGUGCAUAUUCUACGACCCCUUCGACAAGUUAUUUUGCGAUGCUCUCGAUGCUCGUUUCCGUUUCUCCUUCAUUACCGUUGAGAGCAAUGCUAAAUCCUUGGCUCAUCGCUGUGAUUGGGUGUGCCGCGCAGGAUGGACCUACACGUGAACUCCGCAGCCGAGACAAUGACCGAGGCAAUCGAGCUUCCCGUUCUCAAACAACAAGAUGUCGACUCAGAAGCCCAUGGAAAAUGCCUGUCAAUAUUUGGAGAUUUCAAGCGCUCAAGGCAGAUCGGUGCAGGAACGUUCGUACAGCAGAUUCUCUAGGACACGCUGAUUGCAUCGUCCAGGCUGAGGAUGUUCAUGCGACGAUGGAGGAUAGAAUGCUUACUUCAUCGCCUGAAGAUGUGAUACUAUCUGCAUGUUUCCACAUGUGACUACUUCGGAUUUGUAUCGUUGGCACCCUGUGAAGGUGGAAUAAGGAUUCUGAAGGAUGUACAUUAGUGAAUACUCCACCUGAUCUUUUUUGACACAAAGUACUUCAAUUAUGAUGUGCAACUAG